AUAGAUAUAGAUACAAAUACACAUAGUACUCUAUUAAACCCUUCCUUCACACUCACGUCCCCGCUAUUCCAAGCUAAAACCAAGGGCAAAUCUCCAGAGCAUGAAAGGAAGCCGCGUCACGACCUGGACGGCAUUUCAGCUCUGGACUUCCAGCACCACGACUUCAAGAGCAUGGAGAAGUACCUCCAGGACCUGCAUGAGAAGUAUCCGGAGAUCACGGCGCUAACCAGCAUUGGGAAAUCCGUGGAGGGACGGGAGCUAUAUGUGCUGGAAGUUACGAAGAACCCUGGGAAGCAUUUGCCUGGCAAACCCGAGUUCAAAUACGUGGCCAACAUGCACGGAAACGAAGUGGUGGGCCGCGAGCUUCUGCUUGAACUGGCCAAGUUCCUCUGCUACCAGUACUAUGCGGGAGACGAGAGGGUGCAGCGCAUACUGAACACUACACGAGUGCACCUGAUGCCUAGCAUGAACCCGGAUGGCUACGAGAAGUCUAGAGAAGGCGAUUACAGCAGCAUGCGAGGCCGAGCCAAUGCCCACAAGGUGGACUUGAACAGAAACUUCCCCGAUCAGUACGGGCCUACAAAGGACAACAUUUUCCCCGAACCAGAGACAAUUGCGGUGAUGAAUUGGUCGUUGUCUGUACCUUUCGUGUUGUCCGCGAACCUUCACGGCGGCGCCCUCGUCGCCAACUACCCGUAUGAUGGCAACCCUGACAUGAAGACGGGCGUGAAGUCCGCCUCGCCUGAUGACCCUGUGUUUAUGCAUUUGGCUCACGUUUAUGCUGACGCUCAUACGAAGAUGCAUCUAGGGCAGCCCUGCAAGAACUUGAUAGACGAAAAGUUCCCCGGAGGGAUCACUAAUGGCGCUCAGUGGUACGUGCUAGCGGGUGGCAUGCAGGACUGGAACUACCUACACACGAACGAUAUGGAGCUGACGUUGGAACUGGGCUGUUACAAGUUCCCGCCGGAAUCUGACCUGCCUACUUAUUGGGAGCACAACAAGGACGCGCUGCUGACGUAUAUCGAACAGGUCCAUAAAGGAGUCCACGGCUUCGUCCACAGCCACAUCGGCAGUGCGCUAGCCAACGCGACCAUCGCCGUUGAAGGCAUCCGGCAUACAGUACGCUCGGCGGCUGAUGGAGACUAUUGGAGGAUACUACUACCAGGGACCUAUAACGUCACUGCCAGCCGUAGUGGGUACGAAAGUGUAACGGAAGAAGUGACCGUCCCACCCAAUGGAUCCGUCAGCCUUAACUUCACGCUCAUGGCUAUCGACCCCCAGCACUGGUCAUCGGCGUAUGACUUCCGCGUGCUAGAGAACAUAAUCAACACGCGGUACCACUCUCGCCUGGAGGCCUACGAGCUACUCUCAGAACUGGAGAACAAAUUCCCGGACGUAGCGGAGUUCCGAGCUGGAGACAGCCUGGCUACGUCGAUGUUCCAUGAGCUGAAGAUCACUGACCAGGUCGGUUCGCCCGAAGAGACCAAGUUCCACAUAGCGAUCAUCAGCAGCUUCUACGGCUCAGAACCUCUUGGACAAGAGAUGCUAAUCAACUUUGCUCGGCACAUAGCCAACGCCUACUCCAUAGGAGAGCCCCUCCACAAACGCUUGCUAAACACCACCGUACUACACUUCAUCCCCAACAUAGACGUACUAGCUGAAAAAGUCAUAAAACAGUACGACGGAUCCAGCAAAUGUGAGAUUGAUACUUUAGAAGAAGGAUUUGGAGACAGCCUGUAUAGCUACAUAACUCAAAGCAACAAUAAUCCGUUGACAAAUUACACUAGAGAGAAAUCCUUUGUGGAACUGCUAAAGAGUGAAAAGUUCGAUCUGGUGCUGGAACUGUCUUCGGGGAACGAGGAUGUGGCGUAUCCCGAAAUGUCGAAGGAGAUAUAUGAGAAGUUCGCGAGGGUCUACCAGGAUAACAGGACGCCUAGCGACAAGUACGCGUGUGUGGCGUCGAAUGAUAAUGAGAUACACGGAGCCCUAAUAGACACACUAUUAGAGAAACUAGACACGCCGGUAAUAUCUGCGGGCCUGAGCUGCUGCCGCAUGCCCGAGGCGAGGGACAUCGCGUGGGUGUGGCGGGACAACCUGCAGAGCGUCAUGAGCUUCGUGCAGCAGGCUGACACUGGUAUAAUGGGCUACGUAAAGAACGAGCUAGGCGCUCCGAUGCGCGAGGCCACAGUCUCUGUGGAGGGCGUGGCGAAGCCCUACCGCGUGAGCGCCAACAUGGCGCACUUCCGGCUCAUGCUGCCGCCCGGGGAGUACCGGGUCGUGGUCCGCUGCCACAAGUACGAGGACCAGGCUUUCACAUGGCGCGUUGUGGAGAAAGUGGUGAAGCAUAAAGACGUGGUGCUACGGCGUGUGAACUCGGAGCACCUGCCUGGAGGACAGUUCAGCGAGUUGCCUCUACCUGUGCCGGUUGAAGUUGAUCCCAAUACCAUCUACGUCACCGGCCUAGCACUGGACAUCAACAGCCAGCCGCUUCCCAACGCAAUCCUGACCAUCUUCCCGCUGAAGACGCUCAAGCCAGUAGCCACCAAUACCAGCGACGCCGCCGGGCACUUCGCUGUGCGUCUACCAGUCACCUACCUGGGCAAGGAAGUGAGAAUGACCGCGCGUGCGUCAGGAUAUAUUACCAGGGAGAAACAUGUGCCAAUAAACGAGAACGACAACGUGACGCCGAACAUACUGUUCAAGUUGGAAAAGGACGACUAUGUUCUCGGCAUGCCGCGGCUGGUUUUCGUCAUGCUGGCAGGUGUGGUGGGUGUAUGCGUGGUGACUCUCGGCGCCUGGUGUUUGAGUUGCCGCCAGCGCGCGCGUGACUCGCGCAAAGACUACUUGUUCACGCAACUACCCUCCGAUGAUAAGAGGCCGCUGUGUGCUGACGAUAACUACGAGAUAGUACGCAAGCCGUACUACGAUGAGGAGGACCUACCGCCCUCCGAAACGGACUCUGAGGACGAAGUGGUCCUCCUGCGCUCCGACCGCGACUGGAAGUCCACUGAGUGAGCCAGCGACCACCAGCCCUGUUCUUGAAGCAUUCUAAGCUUCAACUUGCGCUCAAUAGUUGGCACCACUGACUAUCUUACUUGCCUGUGCCUGUGGCGCCAACAUGGUGGUGCAAAUGCAAUAGUUCUACCGCUUACCAGUUUGGCACCACUAUCGAGUGACAGGACUUAAUAAUGGCGCAUAAGCGCCUGCCUACUCAUCUCAUGAUUAGAUAAAAAAAUAUGAUCCGGCUUCUAACAAACCAUCAGAAUGUGACAAUCCUAUCUAUCAAUUUAGUUAGGUCAGAAAAACAUAUACGAUAUGGAAUUUCAAUGCUUCAAAAAUAGGGCUCCAGAAGUUAUUCCCGGCUGCUGGGAGGUCAGAAACUCUUCUACAGUUAAUUCGAGUCAGUAAACUGUCAUUGACAGACGUCAGUCGGACUGCAAUGAGGGCUAUUUUUAUAUCGCUCACCAGUUGGCGCCACAGUAGAGUAAGGUCCUGUCAAUCACUCUGUCAAGUAUAAAAACGAUAACCCUCAUUGCAAUAGUAAUACAGUAAAUAGAUGGUGCGAACAACUUCUAGGCGGAAAAUGGUCUGACUUAUCAUUUUAUAGUGCGUCAAAAAAUUCUCAAUAUUUGGCAUAUUUCAUCAAAU